UCCACUUCCAUUGGCUUGCAAAGAGCCAAUCAAUAACGGAAGUCCUGCUUAGAGCUUUUUGGUCUCCUGUCUGGAGUUCCAUACUUGAGGAGAAACGCGAGAGAGGGCAGUUUGUACUCAUUACAUGUAGUUGUGUGCGAUUCUGUGUCGAGAAGUUUUGGCUUGCCUGCCAGGAUGUACACGGCGGGACUCAAUCCGUUUUACGCAUCGAACUUUAGCCUUUGGACCGCGUACUGCUCGAGCGGUUUUGGGGUGGACAGCAUGAAGAAACCCUCGUUCUGCAUCGCUGAUAUUCUGCACGUUGGAGAUGCUGAGAACAUCCCCGGUUCGUCUUCGCUAAUGGCUCACAUCGGGGCCCGGGGAUCCCCGUUACGCCCGUCCCCGAUCACUCCAAGCGCGUCCGCGUAUCACAGGCACGGAAUACACUUUACAUCCAGAGCUGCGUUGAACGCGCAAUCCGCGCCUCCGCUGUGCAGCAAAGACCUCAAGUUCGGGAUCGAUCGGAUAUUAUCCACAGACUUCGAGCCGAGGGGAAAAGAAUCGCUAUCGCUGAGAGAUCUCACAUUGAUUGUUAGUCCGAAUCGGCAGUCAGCAGUCCAUGUGUCUGCCAGCCCUUACUUCGCGUCCAUGAGCGAAACCUCCUCCAUGAUGGGUUCAAUAAGCAAUGCCGCGAGGCAAUCAGGGCAACAUCAGUUUCAAGACACCUUCCCAGGGCCUUACGCGGUGCUUUCCAAAGACACAAUGCCACAGACUUACAAGAGGAAAAGGUCGUGGUCCAGAGCCGUGUUCUCCAACCUCCAGCGGAAAGGCCUCGAGAAGCGCUUUGAAAUCCAGAAGUACGUCACUAAACCGGACAGAAAACAGCUGGCUGCGAUGCUGGGCCUCACCGAUGCACAGGUCAAAGUUUGGUUCCAGAACCGGCGGAUGAAGUGGAGGCAUUCCAAAGAAGCGCAGGCGCAGAAGGACAAAGAGAAAGAGCUGACGGAUAAAUCCGCGACCGAAACCGAACCCAAAGAACGCGAGGACUCCGAGUGUGAAAGCGAACCGAGCGAGUCCGAAUCGGAGGACGGCGCGGAGGACAAAAGCGACGUGGACAUUUCUGACCUCAACAAAGCCAAUGUGAUUAUUCCCGGAACUCUCGCGGUCAGCACGCACGACACAUGCAGCACAGACUCCACGACAGAAACGAGCGCGUGAGCAUCUGAUGGACGCCAAUUAAGCGUAUUACGGACAGAGAUACAGAACAGAGCGCGCGCGAGCCAUCGUUUCUUUGUGAAACAGACCCUUCAUGACCCUUGAGAGAGGACAGCAGCGAUCUGGCUGCAGUGAACCACUCGACCUUCAUGAGACGAUUUGGGAAUUGAAUGUUCAUCAUUUAAAACGUUGAUAAACGUGACUGUAUUAUAUUUGGUCUGUAAGUAUUUGCACUGAAAAUGUAAAUAAACGUUUGUUACUAAUA